AUGGACUCGACUUUGCGAACUCCUUACAACACUCAACCUUCUACCUCCCUCAAUACCUCCACCUCUUCGACACUCCACCCAUCAACCAGUCAGACCACUAUGACCGCCCAGGCCCAAAGUACCCUGGAUAUCGCAGCGAGUGCAACCAAGCAGGUCUUUUCUUCGCCCUCGCUACAACCUACCUCAUCUUCCCCGCAUACCUCCGCUCCUCCCACGCAACCCUCGUCACAAACAAUCGACAGCACUUCCCACCCGACCACACAUCCCAUCGCUCCCCCAUCCAACGCAAAUGAUUUAUUGUCUGUCAAUCCAGUCCCCGACGCGGCACCGUUACGAGACAACAAUAAACUGGGGGGACCAACUGCCACAGCACCCUUCCUACAGGACUUCAAUCUGGUCGCCGAGGCAGCCAAGCGCGCUCAAAUGGGUAUUGUCAUGCGCGACCUCGAGAGCGUGACUCUUUGA